AUGAUCAAGCUUGAACAAGAGGCUGACGGCGGCAGCUCUCCUCUUCAAUCGGUAGGUACUAAGAGAGGUCAGAAUUCACUCGAUGGUCCUACAAGUAAAAGACCACAUGUUGAGGGAGAUGAUAAUGAAGUGGCUGUGAAGAUAUUGAUUCCGUUGGCAGCGGUGGGAGCAAUUAUUGGCAAAGGUGGUGAGGCGUUGAGAAAACUGAGAAGCGAUCAUCAGUGUCGUAUCGAAGUGAGCAAAAGCUCAGAAACAUACCCAGGUACAAGUGAGCGUAUCUGUCUAGUGCAAGGACGCGUUCAUGAUGUUCUUGGUGUCAUUGAAGUGAUACUGCAGAAGAUUAAUGAGAAAUGCGAGGGAUCCACCUAUUCUGAUGCAUUUGAUCACAAAGUAGUUAGCCAUGGAAACGAGGUUUGUUUUGGGUGUUCUGAAACAGUCUUCGAAACAUUCACAAAAAGUCCACUUUUUUUGUUUGGCAAUGCUUUCGAGCCUUCCUUAACGCUACUUACUUGUGCAUGCAUAACAUAUGCGAAGAUUUCGUAA